AUGGACAGCGACAAUUCUCAAAAUGGGGAGAAGAAUAUCUCUUUCCAAAACAAAGAGAACUCCAUGCAACCACUCUCUACUAUCCCAACGUCGGUGACUCUGUCAGCAGAGCAGUUUGAGAGACUAUAUUUGACUCCCAUGACGCGUCGUCAAGCACCGCUAACAAAGCAACUCGGUAACCCGACACCUCUAGCACUCGGAGGUUUUGUUAUCACCACCACGCCUCUUUCAUGCUGCUUGAUGGCCUGGAGAGGAGCAAGUGGAAAUGGUAUUGCCUUCAUGUAUGACCUUACCUUUCCUGUGACCCUUUUCUUCUUUUGA